AUGGAAGAUCUAUAAACAAAUAAAAAUAUGCUCUAGAAACUCGAAGAGGACUUAGUCUACUAGAAUUUCCAAGAACAAAAACUAAAAGAAGGACUAGUAAGAAAAGAAUAUCUAGACGGCUCCAUUUAUUUAGGUGAAUUAAACCAACAAGGAGUAAGAUAAGGUAGUGGAAUAUACUAUUAUAAAAAAGAAGGUAUAACCCAAGAAAUAUAUGCCGGUGAAUGGAAAGAUAACUUAUUUGAAGGUUAUGGAGUAUACCUUUUUGCUUCCGGAGAUAGAUAUGAAGGCCAGCUUUAUUAGGGUUAAAAAAAUGGAAGAGGGUCUUAUUUUUAUAUAAACGGGAAUGUCUAUGAGGGAGAUUGGGUCAAUGAUUUAAAAUGCGGAAAUGGAAUUUUAUACUUCACAUCUUUUGGAGAAAAAUAUGUCGGAGAUUUCAAAGAUGGACUAAGACAUGGAUAAGGCUCUUAUUAUUUCAAGAAUGGGGACGUUUUUAAUGGAGAAUGGGCUUUUGGAUUAAAAGAAGGAGGAGGAUAAGUAUUUUUUGCCGACGGAAGUGUUUUUACAGGUUUUUGGAAAAAAAACUAUCCUCAUGGAAAUGGUAAAAUGAAUUAUGCAAAUGGUGAUAUAUAUGAAGGAAAUUAUGGUUUUGGAUAAAAGAAUGACGAUGGAAUUUAUUUGCAUUAAGAUGCUAAUUCUGCAUAUUAAGGAAAAUUUAAAUUAGAUGAACCUGAAGGUUUAGGUGUUUUUUAAUAUAAAAAUGGAGAUGUCUAUGAAGGAUAAGUAAGUAAAGGGUAUAGAUAAGGAAAAGGUGUUUAUGUUUAUGUUAAUGGCGAUAAAUAUGAUGGUGAAUUUAAAAUGGAUAAAAAGCAUGGUAAUGGAAUUCUUUACUUUGCAAAUGGUAAUGUUUUUGAAGGAUAUUUUGUUUUGGGAUAAAUGAAAGGUUUCGGGAAAAUGACAUAUGAAAACGGAGACAUUUAUAAAGGAAAUUGGUUAAGUGAUUAAAAACAUAGUAAAGGAGAAUAUAUUUGGUCUUCUGGUGAGAAAUUUUAAGGCUAUUGGAAAUUCGAUAAAAUAAAUGGAAAAGGUGUUUUUGUUGAAAAAAACACAAAUACAAUUAGAGGAAUCUGGUAAGAUGAUAAAUAUAUUAAUACAAUAUAAUGA